AUGUCGUUCAUCGCCACGACUAAUCCGAAUUCCUCUCGGGCCCAGGCGGUGGUCAGCCACAACCUGCCCCAACUGCAGGGCAGCCCAGACCUGGACAAUGCCGUUCACGGACCCCCCGGGACCGCAUACACCGAGAAAUCUGAGCAGAGAAGCGAAGAUGACGAGACCUUGCAGGAGAAGGAGGAGAAGAUCGAAGCUCGGGUGGGCGAUCUGGCUCGACAGCUCACGCGUCAAUCCACUCGCUUCUCCACCAAAGGCGCCCUGGAGAAUCCCUUUGCCGUGGACGACCCGGAAUCGACCCUCAACCCCCACAGCCCCAACUUCAAGCCUAGAGACUGGAUCAAGAUGCUGCUCGCCAUUCGUUCGCGUGACCCCGAGAAAUACCCCGACCGUACAGCAGGUGUCGCAUUCCGGAAUUUGAAUGUCCAUGGGUUUGGAUCGCCGACUGACUACCAGAAGGACGUGCUGAAUUCACUGCUGGAGCUAGGGACCUUGUGUCGGAAGCUGGUCGGUAUGAAGAUGCAGAAGAUCCAGAUCCUGCGCGAGUUCGACGGUCUCGUCAGAAGUGGUGAGAUGGUGGUGGUGCUGGGAAGGCCAGGUAGUGGCUGCUCCACCUUUCUCAAGACCAUUGCCGGCGAGAUGAACGGUAUCCAAAUGUCAGAGGACUCUGUCCUGAACUAUCAGGGCAUACCCGCCAAGGAGAUGCAAAAAUCCUUUCGGGGCGAAGCCAUUUACAACGCCGAGACCGAUGUCCACUUCCCCCAACUCUCCGUCGGUGAUACUUUGGCGUUUGCCGCUCUCGCAAGGGCCCCGAGGAAUCGCUUGGAAGGGGUCAGUCGGAAGCAGUAUGCAGAGCACAUGAGAGACGUGGUCAUGGCCAUGCUGGGGCUUUCCCAUACGAUCAAUACCCGGGUUGGCAAUGACUUUGUUCGCGGAGUCAGUGGUGGUGAGAGGAAGCGUGUCAGUAUCGCGGAGGCAACCUUGAGUCAGGCACCACUGCAGUGCUGGGACAACAGUACGAGAGGUCUCGAUAGUGCCAAUGCCCUGGAGUUUUGUAAGAAUCUGUCUCUGAUGAGCAAGUACUCGGGCACGACGGCUUGUGUUGCCAUCUACCAGGCCUCUCAAAGUGCAUAUGACGUGUUCGACAAGGUGACCGUACUUUAUGAAGGACGUCAGAUUUAUUUCGGGCGAACGACCGAAGCCAGGCAGUUCUUUGUGGACAUGGGCUUUGAGUGUCCGGAGCGCCAAACGACCGCUGACUUUUUGACAUCGCUUACCAGCCCAGCGGAGCGCCAGGUCCGUCCUGGGUUUGAGAACCGCGUCCCUCGCACGCCGGAUGAAUUUGCAGCAGCAUGGAAGCAGAGCAGCGCAAGAGCUGCCCUAAUGAGGGAAAUUGAAGAAUUUGAACAGCAGUAUCCCAUUCACGGCUCUUCAUACGAUGCUUUUCUAGAUGCCCGCAGAGCCAUGCAGGCGAAAAAUCAACGCCUCAAGUCUCCCUACACGAUCUCCGUGUGGGAUCAGAUUUCCCUGUGCACAACCCGUGGAUUCCAACGUCUGCGUGGAGAUUUCAGCUUAACGGCCAGUGCAUUGAUUGGAAAUUUCAUCAUCGCCUUGAUCGUGGCCUCCGUUUUCUUCAACCUCCCUGAUACCACGGCUAGCUUCUACUCUCGCGGAGCGUUGUUGUUCUAUGCCGUCCUUCUCAACGCGUUCUCUAGUGCCCUUGAAAUCUUGACGCUCUAUGCCCAACGUCCAAUUGUGGAAAAGCAGUCCCGAUACGCCUUCUAUCACCCGUUUGCAGAGGCCGUGGCAUCAAUGUUGUGCGAUACGCCUUAUAAGCUGAUAAACUCGGUCACAUUCAAUCUCCCGAUGUACUUCAUGACGAACCUCCGCCGGGAUGCCGGCGCCUGGUUCACCUUCUGGAUUUUUUCCGUGGUCACCACAUAUACUAUGUCCAUGAUUUUCAGAACCAUUGCAUCGACGUCCCGGUCUCUUUCACAAGCCCUGGUUCCUGCCGCCAUCUUGAUUCUUGGCAUGGUGAUCUACACCGGUUUCGUGAUCCCUACCCGGAACAUGCUUGGCUGGUCCCGCUGGAUGAAUUAUAUCAAUCCCAUCGCGUACGCCUUUGAAAGUUUCAUGGUCAACGAAUUCUCCGGACGCCACUUCUCCUGUUCAUCGAUUGUUCCCUCUGGUGGUCAGUAUGACUCGGUCUCGAUGGAACAUCGGAUUUGCUCCACGGUCGGUGCGCAAUCGGGGUCGACCAUCGUGGAUGGAACCACCUAUCUGCGGGAAAGUUAUCAGUAUACCAAAGGACACGAGUGGCGAAACAUAGGCAUCUUGAUCGCGUUCAUGGUGUUUUUCUGCGGUACCUACCUUGCGGGCACUGAAUACAUCUCCGAGCAAAAGUCCAAGGGUGAGGUUCUUCUGUUCCGUCGCGGCCACCAGCCAAAGCUCCCACAGGGGUCGGAUUUGGAAUCGUCCACCACGUCUGGCGGUGCGGUCAAGACCGAUGCCUCGGGUCAAGACACGGAGGUUCGUAUCCAGAGACAGACGGCUAUCUUUCACUGGCAAGAUGUCUGUUACGACAUCAAGAUCAAAGGAGAGCCUCGCAGGAUCUUGGACCACGUCGACGGCUGGGUGAAGCCCGGCACCUGUACCGCCCUGAUGGGGGUCUCUGGAGCUGGUAAGACUACCCUGCUUGAUGUCUUGGCCACACGUGUUACCAUGGGAGUCGUCACGGGCGACAUGCUUGUGGAUGGACGCCCGCGGGAUCAGUCGUUCCAGCGCAAGACCGGCUACGUGCAACAGCAGGAUCUACAUUUGGCUACCUCUACCGUUCGUGAGGCACUCCGAUUCAGUGCCUUGUUGCGUCAGCCCGCCCACGUCAGUCGAGAAGAAAAACUGGAGUACGUUGAAGAAGUGAUUCGACUACUGGGCAUGGAGGCCUAUGCCGACGCCAUCGUCGGUGUGCCCGGAGAGGGCUUGAACGUUGAGCAACGUAAGCGAUUGACGAUCGGCGUUGAGCUGGCCGCUAAGCCGCAGCUGCUCCUCUUCCUGGAUGAACCUACCUCUGGUCUUGACAGUCAGACUUCGUGGUCAAUUCUGGAUCUGAUCGAUACCCUGACCCAACAUGGCCAAGCCAUUCUCUGCACCAUCCAUCAGCCUUCCGCCAUGCUGUUCCAGCGCUUUGACCGUCUUCUCUUCCUGGCCCGUGGCGGCAAGACCAUCUACUUUGGCGAAAUCGGCGAGAAUUCCACCACGCUGUCCAAUUAUUUCGAACGGAACGGCGCGCACCCCUUGUCCCAGGGAGAGAACCCUGCCGAAUGGAUGCUUGAUGUGAUCGGAGCCGCCCCGGGUUCCCACACCGAUAUCGAUUGGCCAAAGGUCUGGAGGGAGAGUCCGGAGCACACCAAGGUCAAGGAGCAUCUCGCGGAAUUGAAAUCGACGCUGUCCACCCAGGCUCCGGACAACUCUGACCCUGAAGCGUUCAAGGAAUAUGCUGCACCGUUUGGGGUCCAGCUGUGGGAAUGCUCGCUCCGUGUCUUUGCCCAAUACUACCGCACUCCAAGCUACAUCUGGUCAAAGACCGCCCUCUCAGUGCUGACCGCCUUGUACAUUGGCUUUUCGUUCUUCCACGCCAGCAACUCCGUGCAGGGCAUGCAAAACCAGAUGUUCAGUGUAUUCAUGUUGAUGACCAUCUUUGGCAACUUGUGUCAACAGAUCAUGCCCCACUUCGUCACCCAACGAUCCCUCUAUGAGGUUCGCGAACGCCCAUCGAAGACCUAUUCCUGGCAGGCAUUCAUGACGGCCAACAUCUUCGUGGAAUUGCCGUGGAACACCCUCAUGGCCGUGCUCAUGUUCGUCUGUUGGUACUAUCCGAUCGGGUUAUACAACAACGCGAAGCCCACCGAUGCGGUGAACGAACGAAGCGGCCUCAUGUUCCUGCUCAUCUGGGUGUUCCUGCUGUUUACCUCCACCUUCGCCCACAUGGUGAUCGCUGGAAUCGAACUAGCCGAAACCGGUGGUAAUAUCGCCACGUUGCUAUUCUCCCUCUGCUUAAUUUUCUGCGGUGUUCUGGCAACCCCAGAGGCUAUGCCCGGGUUCUGGAUCUUCAUGUACCGGGUCUCCCCCUUCACGUACCUGGUAUCGGCCAUGCUCUCCACCGGACUCUCCGGGACCACGGUGACCUGCGAAGCAGUCGAGUAUCUGACCUUCAAUCCGCCCAACAAUGAGACCUGCCAGGAGUAUAUGGCGUCGUAUAUCAGCUCCGCGGGCGGCUACCUGAAGGACCCGUCGGCCACAUCGGAUUGCGCGUUCUGCACCAUGAGCAGCACGGAUACCUUCUUGGCUUCGGUGUCCAGCUCGUUCUCCGAUGCCUGGCGCAACUUUGGCCUGAUGUGGGUGUACAUCUUCUUCAACAUUGUGGCCGCGGUGGGCAUCUACUGGUUGGCCCGUGUACCGAAGGGCAAGAAGGUGUCGGGGACGACCUAA